AUGGGGGAUAAGACGGACGCUGACCAGCAGAUUGAAAUUUGGAAGGUCAAGCGGCUAAUCAAAGCGCUGGACAAUGCGCGAGGCAACGGCACCUCCAUGAUCAGCCUCAUCAUGCCGCCCAAGUCGCAGGUGGCCCAGACAUCGGCCAUGCUUGCCAACGAGUACGGCACCGCCUCCAACAUCAAGUCGCGCGUCAACCGCCAGUCGGUGCUGGCCGCCAUCACCAGCGCGCAGCAGCGCCUGAAGCUGUACACGCGCGUGCCGCCAAACGGCCUGGUGGUGUACACGGGCACGGUGAUGACGGACGACGGCAAGGAGAAGAAGAUGAACAUCGACUUCGAGCCCUUCAAGCCCAUUAACACCUCCCUCUACCUCUGCGACAACAAGUUCCACACGGAGGCCCUGAACGAGCUGCUUGAGGCAGACAACAAGUAUGGCUUCAUCGUCAUGGACGGCAACGGCAGCCUGUUUGGCACGCUGUGCGGCAACAACCGCGAGAUCCUGCACAAGGUGUCUGUUGACCUCCCCAAGAAGCACGGCCGCGGCGGGCAGUCGGCGCUGCGCUUUGCGCGCCUGCGCAUGGAGAAGCGGCACAACUACGUCCGCAAGGUGGCGGAGCUGGCGGUGCAGUUCUUCAUCACCAACGACCGGCCCAACGUGGCGGGGCUGGUGCUGGCGGGGUCGGCAGACUUCAAGACGGAGCUGUCGCAGAGCGACAUGUUUGACCCGCGGCUGCAGGCCGUGGUGCUGGCGGUGGUGGAUGUGUCGUACGGCGGAGAGAACGGCUUCAACCAGGCCAUUGAGCUGUCGGCGGAGACGCUGGCCAACGUCAAGUUUGUGCAGGAGAAGCGGCUGAUCAGCAGCUUCUUCGACCAAAUCAGCCAGGACACGGGCAAGUUUGUGUUUGGGGUGAAGGACACGCUGGCGUGCCUGGAGAUGGGCGCGGUGGAGACGCUGAUCGUGUGGGAGAACCUGGACAUGCAGCGAUACGAGUUCACAAACACCACCUCAGGCGUUCAGGAGGUCAAGUACCUGACCAAGGAGCAGGAGACGGAGAGCAAGCACUUCAAGGACCCCGCCACCAACAUCGACCUGGAAGUGACGGACAAGCAACCCAUGCUGGAGUGGCUGGCCAACAGCUACAAGAAGUUUGGGUGCCUGCUGGAGUUUGUGACCGACAGGUCGGAGGAGGGCAACCAGUUCUGCAAGGGCUUUGGCGGCAUCGGCGGCGUGCUGCGCUACUCGGUGGACCUCACAGAAUUUGAGGAGCCGGAGGAGGAUGGCGGCAGCGAUGGGGCGCUGUGGUCCGAGGAGGAAGACUUCUUCUGAGGUGGCACGCUGAGCUGGCGCUGCGCUGGCGCCCUAUUGCAGAGGCUGCAGCGCUCGCCCAGCACGCGAGCAAGGCUUCUGCAGCCUGCCGCUCAUGUGCCUACUGCCCGCCUGCACAUCCCCUGCCCUCUUUCAGCUUGCCAUUGUACACUCCUAGUUUCCACCCCGCUUGCUUCUCCUCCCUCUUGCUGCGGUGUGUGUUGCCUUUGAUUUCCCGCAACCCUUUUUGCCCUGCUCCGCUCCUCUUCCUGCUUGUUUGUUGUGCAUCCGCCGCUCUCCCCCUCCCAACGCAACAAAUGUCCUCCGCUUGAGCCCCCCCGAGCGGUUUUGCUCUGCAUGCAGUUCCACAUCGCCUGCUGUGCAUUUGACCAGUUGACGCAGCAGUUGCCGCUUCACGUGCGGCCUAGGCCCGUGCUGCCCCCAACUGCAACCCAGAAAUGAG